CACACAUAAACAAACACUACAAGAAGAAGAAGAGUACACAAAACAAGACAACAAGAAGAUAACAUAAAAAUAAGUUACUUACCGUAUAGAAAAUAUUAACAUGAGAUCUCUACUGAUUACUGGGGCCAAUCGAGGUAUUGGACUUGAACUUGUAAAGCAGUUUUUGAAACAUCCUUCAGCCAAACCAGAAAUUUUGAUCGCUACAGCCAGGAAACCUAAUGAGGCAAAGGAACUACAAGAACUGGCUUCUCAAGACAAAACUCUGCAUAUUUUACCACUUGAUGUGACCAAAUUUGAUUUGUUCAAGGACUUUGUCAAGAGUGUGAGUGGAAUUGUAGGAGAGAAGGGUCUCAAUGUGUUGUUCAACAACGCAGGUAUUCUUCUAGACAAAGAUGCUAAGUUGGAUUCUGUUACUGUGGAAUCUCUCACCACACAAUUCACUUCCAACACGGUUGCUCCCAUCAUACUUACCAAGGAGCUACUUCCAUUGGUAAAGAAAGCAGCCCUGUCGAGCAGUGGAGGCAUAAGUAUUGAUAGAGCUGCCUUGGUGUACAUGUCCUCAGUGUUGGGCUCUGUGAAGAGCAACGAAGGACCUUACGGGGGAGGAUACUGGGGCUACAGGGAAAGCAAGGCUGCUUUGGACAUUGCAGCUCGCACCAUCUGCAAGGAAGUGUCUCCUGAUGGGAUCGGUGUGCUAGUGCUGCACCCUGGAUGGGUCCAGACAGACAUGGGAGGCCCCAACGCUCUUAUCACUACCUCCCAGAGUGUCCAAGGACUGAUCAAGGUCAUCCUCAGCCUAAGUGACAAAACCAAUGGUGCUUUCAUACAACACGAUGGGGCUACUCUGCCAUGGUGAAUGCACAUUCUGACCAUCAAGCAAUAAUAAUUCUUAUUUAGCAAACUAUUGUUGUGUUAUAUAUUUGUGAUAAAUUUUAUAAAUAAUAUAUUUUUGUAUUAUUUUGUUGUUGCAUUUAUGGGAUAAAAAUAUAUUGGUUAUAAAUAAAAACUCUUACUUGUUAUAUAAUUGA